AAUCUUGCACAGUUACACUAAUUGAAAAGACACAUGUAAAUUGAGAGGGUUUCACAUGAAGCCUGGCCCAGGUACAGGCCCACUAGAGAUUAAAUAUUCAUGGUGGUGACUGAUGGUGGUAACCGAGCACUGGCAAGUUAUCGACGGCGAAAGCUAAGCUUAGCCAUUUUUCUGUUUUUAUUUACUUGAAUGGAGAAUUGGAGAUAAUCCUGCAAUUCUGGUAAUUUCUAAUAACGUACUUCCUUCUUCUCCAUUCUCUUUCACUUUCUAGAUUCAAACUUUGUUUCGACUCUACCAUUUCUCAAUUCCUAGCUCAGAAACACUCAGUCCUAUUCAGAGUUGAAAGGUUUGUUCAGUUUCCAAAAUAGCUUUCUCAGUUCCUCUGGUGCUUCCAGUUUAUCUACUAAUUGUGUGGGUUCUCAAGCAGAAAUCGAGCUGAGAUUUCUAGGUUUCGAGCAGAAAAAAAAAAAAACACACACGCACACAUUACCUGAGUUUUCUAGGUUUUUUCUUCUGUUCCUUACUUCUUCAUUCACUUGUUGCUAAUUUGUUUCUUUUGGAUUUCAGACAAAUCUUUUUAUUUUUAGGUUUUGUUUUCUUGUUGAUUUUAUUUUUCUUUCCAGGGUUGGAAACCCAAGUUCCCUGUCGACUGUAUCUUUAGGGGGGGGGGGUGGGGGUGUAAAGUGAUAUAUGGCUACACUCAGUUGCUUGUCUGAUGAUUUGCUGGUGAAGAUAUUAUCCUUUCUUCCUACAAAAGUUGCUGUAUCAACGAGCAUUCUCUCGAAACAAUGGAAGUUUCUUUGGAUGUGGUUGCCUAAACUUGAUUAUCUUGAUUACCGUGACAUUACUAAUUCCUGCACUUCAAAGUCUACACUUGUGAGGUAUCGGGAUUUCAUCGACAAGUACCUGCCAUUACACAGAGCUCUGGUUAUUGAAAGCUUGCGCCUCAUAUUUACUCUCAAUUCAGUUCAACCUGAGGAUAUCAAACCGUGGGCUGCAAUUGCAGUUUCUCGCUGCGUGCGUGAGCUGAGUAUUAGCUAUUACUCUUUGCAUUACAAAUCUGUUGCAUUGUUGCCGUGUAGUUUGUAUACAUGCAAAUCACUGGUGACUUUGAAACUUGAAGGCAAGAAGAUACUCGUAGAUGUUCCUCAAAUGGUUUUUCUCCCUUUGUUGAAAAAUUUGGAACUUGAAGAUGUGACAUACGCAAACGAAGAUUCUCUCAAACUGCUUGUAUCCUCUUGCCCUGUUCUGGAAGAUCUGAGUAUCGAACGAUAUGGGGAAGCAAAUGUGGGAGCAAUAGUUGUUAUUAGUUCGUCUUUGCAGCGUUUCUAUUUGAGUAUGUAUAAUACAUGGUCUUCUGAUGGGUUUUUGAUAGAUACCCCUUCUUUGAAGUAUUUCAAAGUUGUGGAUUGGGGAGAUAGUAUAUCCUGGUUGACUACGCAUAUGCCCGAGCUGGAAGAGGCAGAUAUCAAUGGACUUGAUAUUGAAGACAUUCUCAAAUCAAUCACAACUGUCAAACGUCUUUCGUUAGACACAUUCUUCAGCUUUCAAGAAGAGUCUGUGGAUAGUGUUGGUAUUGCCUUUAAUCAGCUUGAACAUCUGAAGCUACAUGUUGCCAACGAUAAUUGGUCGAUGUUGCUUGUCCCGUUGCUCAAAUAUUCUCCUAAACUGCGAGUCCUCAAUCUCCACACCGAUGUUUAUGGAACUUAUGGGGAGUAUUAUGAACAGGGCAGUAUUGACCAGAGCUCUGUUCCUAAAUGUUUGUGUGAUAGUCUUGAAACCUUUGAGUUUUCAGGGUACAUUGGAACACCAGAAGAGAGAGAUUUCUUGACUUUCAUAUUGAAAAAUGUCCGUCCCUUGAAGUCUUUGUCAAUCUCGAGUAAAUACAUCUUUGAUCAUCUCUACAAAGAAGAAAGAAAAAAACCAUUUGUUAAAGCCCAAAGGCAAGCCCAACAGCCUGAUGCUGGCAGUCUGUUUGACUGGUGUGGUCGACGACAAAGUUCUGCGAUUCCAACGACUGGCGAUGAACUAAACACCUUCUGGUUCUCCUUUUCCUCUCUUUGUCGAUUCAUCUCAGAAGAGGCAGAUAUCAGUCUAUGGCUUAAAAAUGAGAAAUCUACUGAAAUGCUUCUCAAAUCAAUCACAACUGUUAAACGUCUUUCAGUUCGCGUAAGAUUCAACAGUGAAGAAGUGAAUGUGUAUUCCGAUGGUAUUGUCUUCAGGCAGCUUGAAAAUUUGAAGCUAUAUAAAUGCAGCGAAAAUUGGUCAAACUUACUUGUCCAGCUGCUCAAAGAUUCUCCUAAUCUGCAAAUCCUUAAUCUCUUGGUCGAUGAUUUCAUUCAUUGUUAUGGGUAUUAUGAUCCGCUUAGUUCGAGAAGUAAUCAGGGCUUUGUUCCUAAAUGCCUCUUGAAUAGUCUUGAGACUUUCAAGUUUGAAGGGUACAACAGUGACGAACAAGAAGAUAGGGACUUCUUGAGUUUUUUCUUCAAACAUGCUUGUUGCUUGAAAUCUACAUCAGUCGUGCACAUGUGAUGUUAUGUUAUAGAAACUUGUUAAUGAUCCAAGAGUUGUUGUUUUGUUA